AUGUCCAAUUUUUUACUUGUGAUCCCUGAAGACGUGAUCAAGGGCUGCUCCAAAGCAGAUAAGCUGGUCGUUACAGGAGAGUUCGAUAACUGGAGACAUUCCGAUUAUGUUUUGCAGUAUGACGGCAAAACACAAAACUACAGAGUUCAAAUUCCCAGAAGGAAGGGUCAACGUAGCACCAUGUUCAAAGUGGUGGUAAACGAUAAGAAAUGGGUCACCCUCAACUACUUCGAUACCGUGACGGACAAAUCAGGGUACACCAAUAAUAUUCUUCACUUCAAAGACAAUGAGGCCAGUCAACUAAUGGAUAUACCCCUAUCACCACAUACACGGUCCAAUACUGCAAAAGGGAAGCCGGAAGAUGACUCUUUGAAUGAUUAUGUCAACUUGUCGUCGCAUAGCGACCUAAGCAGCACAGAAGAGAUAGUGUGCUGGAAUUCUGAUAUGGAGGACGAAAACAUGGAUGCCACCAUCCAGUGUGAUUUCAACCAGGCGUUCAAUAGCAGGAAAGAGUCCUUAAAUGGGCUAAUGUGCAUUGCCAAGAAAGUCAAGACGUACUGGAACAAAUAG